UAGUUAUCCGCCAUAUUAAAGAGAGAAGAAGAAGCUUCGCAGUGUUCAGCACUUCAACACCACUUUUGUUUACAUGUGUGUGUUUCCAUGUAGAUGAACGCUUACUUUCGGGUUGUGUCAGUUCUCUUCGUUCAUUGCUGUACACGAUGACCACAGAGCCUGCCAGCCUGGAGAGCCUGCAUGUGCUGUACCAGAGUGAUGACUACAUUGUGGUGGACAAGCACUGGGACAUUCGCAUUGACAGCAAGAUGUGGUACGAGAAACACACCGUACAGGCACAACUCCGGCACCGCUUCCCUCAGCUGGCUGACCCCAGCACCUACUAUGGAUUCAGGUUCUGUCAUCAGUUAGAUUUCUCCACCAGUGGGGCUCUUUGUGUCGCCCUCAAUAAGGCUGCUGCCGGCCAAGCCUACCGCUGCUUCAAGGACCGCACAGUCACCAAGGCCUACCUCGCCCUGUUACGUGGCUGGGUGGAAGAAGAGACACAAACUCUGGACUUCUCCAUCGGCAAGAACUCUACAGAGGGCAAAACACACAUGAUGUGUAUUGAGGGAACAGAGGGUUGUGAGAACCCUAAGCCUUGCCAAACUGAGCUGACAGUGUUGGAGUUUGGGUUGUAUGAUGGAGACCCUGUUACUAAGGUGUUGCUGCAGCCACUCACUGGCCGUACCCACCAACUGAGGGUCCACUGCAGCGCAAUAGGCCACCCCAUCGUUGGGGACUUCACCUACAGCUCGGGAACAGAUGACUCCCCCUACCGCAUGAUGCUGCAUGCGCAUCUUCUUCACAUCCCUCUGGAACCCCAGCCCCUGCUCGUCUCCGCUGGAGACCCCUUCCUCUCCGAAGUGGAUCCCAAGUGGCUCCCACAGCGCUCACUGCGGACACUGAAGGCCACCGUGGAUGCCCUGCUGGAGCAGAGGGUGGAGGCGGAAAGGAAGAUCAAAGAGGAGGAGAAAGUGAGAGCAAGAAGAGAGCAGGAGAGAAAGAAAGGAAGAAGGGAGCAGAGGACUGAGGAGGAGAGUGAGGAGCAGAGGAAGCAGUGUCAGGAGUGGCUGAGUGAAUGGGCUGGAGACUGAUGGGGUUCAGUGGGAUAAUGAUAUUUAUUUUAAUUUAUUUUAACAGUUUACUUAUGACAGCCAUGUUCAGCAUGCAUGUUUCAUCUCAGUGAACACCUGUGUUACGUUUAAAUAGCAUACAUGUACAUGGAAGUGGACCAGUACCAUAAUUCCCUCACAAACAACUCACAAACACACAUUAAGUUUAAAAACGAACAAGCUUGUGUGCAGAUCUUAAUUCCUGCUCUUUUAAUAAACUGAUUCAACUGGGAGCUGCCCACUACAACCAGUCUUUCACAGUUUGCCACUAAAGCAGCUUCACUGCAAAAGCUGAGAAAUGAGUGCCUUGCUCAAGUUUAUGUUGAUAAAGGGGAUUUGGUUGAUGUCAUUCAUUUUACUCUCCCACAUUCCCCUCUACUAAGUGAAAUUAUUUUUUAAUAUGUGACUAUUUUUGUCAAAAGUCUCUGCUAUUAAGUGUCUGUUGACUCAAUUAAUGAAAAUGUUCUCACUUAUCCCUGGUAGGGUUGCCUGACCAGCAGAAGUUGAUCUGUGUUUUGUCUAUGAAAAUGCUGUUAAAUCAACGUGUUUUGUCACACACUGCAUAGCUCAGCCAAAGCCUACUAUACUGUAUGUUUUUUGCAUUUUAACACACAGUGUCUAUAAAAAGUAUUCACCCA